UCACCUAAUUCUACCAGCGGCGUGACCGUAAAGAGGCAGGGCCGUGUCGUGAAAGGGGCCGCAACACUCAGGGCGCUGGUUGACGGCUGGGACUCCAUUUUGUCCUCCGCUUCUCAGCUCCCGAUUUCGAUACUGCGGUUCCGGAAUAGCGGGGGGAAAAUGCGGCCCUUGGACAUCGUCGAGCUGGCAGAGCCGGAGGAGGUGGAAGUGCUGGAGCCCGAGGAGGACUUCGAGCAGUUCCUGCUCCCGGUCAUCAACGAGAUGCGGGAGGACAUCGCGGCGCUCACGCGGGAGCACGGGAGAGCCUACAUGCGGAACCGGAGCAAGUUGUGGGAGAUGGACAAUAUGCUCAUCCAGAUCAAGACGCAGGUGGAGGCCUCGGAGGAGAGCGCGCUCAAUCAUCUUCAGAAUCCGAACGACGGCGUCGAGGGCAGAGUGACCAAAAGGUGCGAGAAGGCCGAGGAGAAGGCCAAGGAGAUCGCGAAGAUGGCAGAGAUGCUGGUGCAGCUGGUCCGGCGGAUAGAGAAAAGCGAGUCGUCCUGAGGAGGGUCGGCGGUUUACAGCCAAUGGAUUCUGGUCACCUGGCGGAGAUUGGCUGACAACCUGGAGAAGCUGAAACCAGAGAGCCUUUAGUUUCCUUUUUUCUCUGUGUGCACUCUGUCCUCACUUACACUACGUUUCUGCUAUGGUCUGCGGUUAAUGACCUCAAUAUGAGUUUUGACUGUUAAAUGUUUUUGUUUGGGGAGGUAACUUUUAUUUGGAAAAUGCUCUCACGUGCAAGAAUUGGGGCCUAGAUUGUAAGCUUUUGCAGCAGUCACAUUUGUUCCUUGGCUUUCGUUGUUUUUAAAUUUUUGAGGUGCUUUGCUCUUUCUCGUGUGACCUGAUUGCUCCCUGGGACUUUGGAUCUGUGUAUGAAAGACGAGACUCAGAGUUGGAGUUCUCCAGCUCUGGAGGUGCUGAAGGAGCUGCAUUAUUUCUAGAAGACGACUCCAUGCAGCACUUGCUGAAGAAGUGACCAGACUUCAACUGGGAACGUGAAUGGGGCUGAUGUGGCUCAGACUGGCGGAUCAGAAGAAGGGAUGGAGGAUGGUAUUGUCCUGGAACUUUAAUUUCUGUGUGAGACCAAAGGAGGAAAGGUGUAUUUUGUUCAAAAUUCAAGUCUUAUGCACCACACUGUCUGAUGUAACCUGUCUGGUCAGUUUUGUUUGGACAACCUAACUCAGCUUUAUGGAACCUAUAAUAAGAGAUGAGAUAGGUCUUGGUAUUCUGUAUAAUUGAUGUAAUGCCCUGAUGCAUUUCAGGGGAUUCUGUGCAUAACAUGAAAGCGAUGUUUGCAAAGGCCCUUGAGGGUCUAAGGAAGUAAAGUGAGGGCUGUCUGUUUUGGACCCUAAACUGGACAGGGACUAGGUUAUCUUCAAGAUUCAUAAGUUGUAUAGCUAUAAGUUCAUAUCAGUAGCAGACCUGACAAGUAUUUGAGGUCAAAACCCUACCAUGUGUUUAAAAAAAAUUUUACCAUGUUAAUAAAAGUAUUCAUUUGCUUGAAAAGACAAAA